UGUGUGCGGGAAGCACGUUGAUUCCUUCGGCUGAACUACACUUGUGAAAACUCCUCAGAAUUCCUAGCUUGGAUGGAGGGAACUACACUACCUCAAUUCUAAGAAGGAUUCUGCCGUCAACAAAAGCCUUGUCACCAUCAGCCUCAGCGAUAAGUCCUAGAAGUGAUGAUGGUGACAGCGUGUACCGAUGAUCAGGGGGCCGUCUGUGCCAAAGCCCCGGGCCUCAGCCCACUCCUGGAGGCACUGGAGGGCAAAGGAGGGCCACUGAAGGAGAAAGUGGGGGCCUACAUGACCUUAGCAGAACGUCUCAAGAGUGACAAGGAUGCCACUCUGUCCCGUGAGAUCUGCCAGCACACUGCCCAGCUGACCUGCGUCGUCAGUGUGGACAUCAUGCACGACGAUGCGGAGCUGAACCAGGCUGCACUGCAGGCACUGGGAUUCUGCCUCCAUCUCCCAGAUAUAUCAAGGGCUUUUACUUCAGAUGACGCAAGUACAGUUGUCAAAGCUCUUUGCAAUGCUUUGCUGAAGACCAAGGACAAAAGUACCUGCACACGGGCCCUGUGGUGUCUCUCCAAGCAAAACUUCCCCAAACAGAUCAUCAAAAAUGAGCUUCAUUCCAUCCUGUGUGCCCUGGAGCAUGCACUGGUCCAGGGGGAGUUCCAGUCAAUGACUGUGGACUACGAAGCCCUCAACGUCAUCAUCAGGCUUCUUGAAGAUCUCCCAGAUGACAUGCCGACCCACGCGGCCCGUUGGGGCAAACUCCUCUUCCCGCAAGUCGUCCGCUCGGCCCACAAGAUCCGCGAGCGUGCGGCCCUGGCCAUGAACCUCGGUCUCCCGGCCAUGGUCCAACACCAGCCGGACAUCGUGUCGCAGCUGGUGACGGACCUGAAGUCGACCCUGGUGCCCGAGAUGAUGAAACUCUUUGCCAGCAAGUGUGAGGUGCAGGUCUUGAAGACCUGGGGCAACUUUGUGACACUGUUGGGAAAGGCUUUGCACAAGGGAGGAGGGCUAAUCAACUGCCUUCUGGGUGUAGUGGAGCAAGGAUUCAAGCACACCUCUGCUGAUGUCAAACUCGCCGCCUUUGUUGCCUGGCGAGUCCUCAUUGACAACUUUGCCCUUGAACCAGAUGUCCUGUACAAUGCCAAAAGGUUGAAGCUGUUACUGCAGCCCCUGAGAGCCACCAGUGCCAAGCAGGAGCUGGUCGCCCAGGCUAAGCUAGACACCUGGUGGUAUCUGGUCUACAGGCUAGGACCAAAGGCUGCCAUGAACUUUGAACAGGUGUGUGCUCCCUUGCUUCAAUUUGCCCUCGGCCUGAACACGAACGUGAAGGGGAUGCAGUGUCCCAGCACACCCAUCACCACAAAUGGUUCAGGUCUUAGACAAGGGUUCACCACACCUCUCCAUAGAUCAGGUCCCAUGUUUUCCAUGGCCAGUCCAGCUACGCCUCGUCUCAGUCUCCCGCCCGGGACCCCCGGCGGUGCAGCGCCCCCAGUGUUCAAAUCCAUCCAGCUUCAGGGAGUGGAAAUCCUGGCCCGAGUACUGGGCAUGCCCAGUGAUGCUGUAGGUACGGUCCCGAAAUACACCUUCACAAUAGAUGCAUUGAGUCACCCAGUGAUCACAUCGUCAACUACUUUCAUCAAAUUGUCCACUACCUUGGUUCCCAUGGUGAGAGAUGUCAUCUGUAACCUUGGCGACCAACUUGACGAAGGCCUCUUGUUCCAGCUCUGGCAGGCCCUUGUCAUCCAUGUCAGUGACAUGGUCACUACGGCAACCAAGAAAGACAGCGUUGAAGUGCUGACGCAGUUUCUGACGAGCCUGCAGUGCAUUGUGGGAGGAAGUGGCCUGGCCCCAAAGUCUUUACUGAAGUUUCUUGAGGCUGUGAGUCAUCUUCCAAAGAACGUCUUGGGUUCCCCAUCCUACCACACUGGCAAUGCAGGACUCAUGCAUGGGACACCGGCCUUAUUUCUGAUUGAACUACUGCUAAGCCAAGGCCUACUACAGACAACAGCAGAGGAAAGGUUUUUCUGCGUCCUCGAAACUCUGAUUGACUGCGGCCUAACCGUUCCAGGGACGGUGCUUGGGUUCUGUGGGUCUGUCUUACAGCUCGUUGACAAGGCAGUGGAUGAUGUCAGGAACAAGAGCAUCAUUUGGAGAAUAUGGAGCAGCAUUGUUUACCCGUUAUUGGGCCAUAUCAUCGAGACCAAUGAAGUGAACCAGGGUGAUUCUUUAGACCAUGACUUCAGUACCAUGUAUGCCAGCCUAAUGCUUCCUAUACAACACCUGCUACAGUCUGACUCUGUACCACAGAUGACUGUCAAGACACUUCUGAAAACUUGGGCGGAGUUGUACCAGGCUUUCGCUCGCUGUGCUGCCGUGGUCACCACUGCCGACUCUAAUCUUGGUUGUGAAGAACUCUGCACCAAGAUCCUGGCCUGCUUGAACAGUCAACCACUGAAAUCAUCGUGUGUGGAUUCCUUGAUUCAAAUCCUGCAAGUCAUCGCCAACAGUUUUGAUUUCUCGUCAUUCACCGGCAACGCAACCCUGAACAAUCCCCUCACCCCCGGGGGUGGUACCCGUGGGCGGGUUCGUCCCCUGGGUAACCUGACGGCAUUUGUCAGGCUGGUUGUCAGGAUGAUCGAAGAAAUCCAGAAUCUGGUGAAACCAGAAAAGUCCAAGUUCGCUGGACUCAUAAUUCAGGCAUCCAAUUCCUACAUCUCUUCCCCAUCUAUCAGCAUCGUUGCCAACAUCUUGAGUGUCCUCUUUACCAAUGUCUCUCAACCAUACAUCAUAGAGGCACUGUUGGACAAACUGGCCGGCCCUGUCGCCUCUUUCUUUGACAACUCUGGAGCUUUCAGAUGCAGUGCCUACCCAGCCCCCACAUGGCAGAAGCUUGAGAAACUCUGGACCGACCUCUUGACCUCGGUCCAGACGCGCUACGGCGGGCCUUACAACUCGGCCUUCCUCGCCUCAGUCUCCCCACUGCUGGAGAGCGGGCUGACACAUCCGAAACGAGCCAUCAAGAGCCAUGGCCUGGUGUUCUGGAAUGCCACGUUUGCGACCGUGGAGUCCUUGGAAUAUCCCGAACCUCUCAAGUUGUGCUUCGCCAAACUGAAGGAGAAAACACCAUUGGUUCUUCCAGGCUGGACGGACGCAGAACAACAGGUGGUUAAUGAAACACCUGUCAGUCAAAUAUCGGAGAGUGAAGCUUCUCAGAGUCUUAUUCCACCCCCCACUGUCGCCACCAUUCCAAACUUUGGCGCCCCUUCCCCGCAGAAGAUGCACGGCAGCUUCUUGAGACGCUCCGCCCAGGCCGAGCGUCUCUUUGCAUCCUCUUCCCCUGAGAGGUACAAGAGCCCCUCCUCCUUUGGGAAGACCGGCAAGAGAAGUGUCUCUCCAGGGAAGGGUGCGUUGAGGGGAUUGUCGUCCCCUGUGGGGGGCAAAGGGAAGAGAGAUGGGUCCCCUGCUGUGGGCGGAGCUGCAGCUAGGAGGAGGCUUCAUGUGGAUGAGGAGAGUAUGGGGGAGUUUGUAUUCAUUGCUCCGUCUCCCAAGAAGACCCAAGUCUUGACAGACCAUCAGAAGGAGAUGAUGCGGACCCGUCGUGUCCUCCCGGCUCUGUACAAUGAUCUGGAGCAGUCUCAAGACACUCAGACGUUCACUGAGAUCAUGACUCAGCCUGAACAUUCCCAGGGGUCUCCACCAGUAGAACAGGAAGAUGGUGCAGCAGCAUCAAUAUCUGAUGACAGUCCAUCUCUGUUUGGCUUCCUCAAAGAGCACACCUCUGUCCAGGAGAAGGCAUCUGAAAACAAAGAAGCAUCCAUCCAAGCCGACAGACCAGCUACAGCUGCCGAUGAAAUUGAACAGAAGACGAGAACUGAAUCUGAUCAAAAGGAAACUGGAAAGCAGGAGGUAUCACAUAGCGAUACGACUCAGGAAGGCAAACCUUUGACCUUUGAGGGAAUUUUCAGCACAGUAAAGAAGUCGGAGGAAAAAUCUGUUGCACCUGCUCUCGCGGUGUCUUCCAACAGUAAGGAUGACGAAAAGCAAGUGAAAAGUCUCCCUCCUGCAAAAACGGAAGUUGAAUUUUCAACUGACAGCACGAAAGGAGAGCCUACAGGUUGUGCUGAAGGGGCCAUUGAAACUGGUGUUCGUACCCCGGAGGAUAUGCUUCCAACUGCAUCAGAGAAUCUUGGGAUUGGACAGGAGAAGCGAGUGCAGGCAGGUAAUGUGGAAUCUCUACUGAAGAAACAAGAGUCGAAUGGGAAUACACUGGAGGUUGUGGAGACUGGCAAGGAGGAUCAAAAGGUCCUGGCAAAGGAUUCAACAGACGAUGAGUCAGGAGACGACAAAAAAGACGAGAAAUCGGCGGAGGGUGUUUUUGUCAUCCCAGAAACCCAGCAGUCACCGAGCAUGGAGAUGGCCGUUAGCAAAGCAGAUGACAUCUUAGCCAUCUCUCCGGCAAGGUCGGGAAGUGACUCACAACCUGCAAACCUCAAAUUAAAUCUGACACCAGUCAUCAAGUUGCAGAAGCUCAACGAAGCGGAUCUCCUACGUCUCAGCCCAGACCCUUCAAAGUGCUCUUUUGGAAAACUGGACAUCAACAGCAGCCCGAAGAUGUUCACCAGCAGCGAGGAAGAAGCCACACCCAAUCGGUUUGUAACUCGACUCCGGCUCCUCAGUUCAGAUGACGCGUCAAAGAGCAACAAAAAAGAAAAAUCCUUGAAGAGAGCCGCCAGUGAACCUGCCAUGCCAAACUCAAAAUCUGAAAAGAUGGUGCAAAAAAGGGCAGCGAGGGGGAGAUGUCAGAGGCCUGCAAAGAAGAGUCUACAGAGUUCACAAGCCGAUCUGGCUGAGCUGGCUGAAAGAUUCGAGUUAGAUGGCAUUGAACCAUUGGCCGAUGAAACUGACAUGGACCAAUCAGUAGACCAGAUGGAUAGUGAGAGCCAAUCAGAACAGGUAUCUCUGAGUAACCAUGAUGGAAUAUCAGACAGCGUCUCAGAGGCGGAUAGUGGAAGUGGUAGAGGAAGUGCAGGUCCGCGAAAGGUUAGAGGCAGGAAAAGGAAAGAUGUGUCGGGAAAACAAAACCCAUCAACCAAAUCAAACACAGCCACUGGUGACAACAACAGUAACUUGUCAGACAGUUAUGCAGCUGACGAGUCAGUUGUAGAAGAUUCCAAUGAAACAAAAGUCACUACGUCCGAUAAAACUGAUCAAGUUGACAUCAAAGUGCAAAAGAAGCGUGGCCGGCCAAGGAGAGUGAAACCUACUACUCUUUCUCCGGUUGAAGAGGCUCCUGUCCAUCCAAACAGCAAAGAGCAAACCCAGGUUGAGAGCAAAUCUGGAAAAGGCCAAGUCCCAGCAAGAAAGAGCUCGAUGAGGUUGGGGAAUAAAAUCUCAACAGAAGAGAAACAGGAGGACAAAAUCUGUGAAGAACCCCUGCAAGUAUUGGUUUCUGAGGAAAAUACACCUGCCGACAAGCCUAAAGACAGUACUGUGGCAUCUCAGACUGUUGAUAAAGAAGCUCUUGAUCUGAAAGACUCUCAGGCAACACAAGAAGCAGGAUCUUCGAGUAGCAUUCCUGACUCUCAAGACGGACAGCUGAACAGUUGCGACGAUCUGUUUGAAAGCUGUCCCAAAGACACCUCAGGUGAAGGAUUGGCCAGGAGUGUGCAAGUUGAAACUAAGAGUGAGGAGUCCCUGGCAUCCAGGAGGACUUCCAAGAGGACUCGGCGCCCCAGCAAGAGCAAGCUAGGAUUGGGAAAAAGGAAGCGUCAAAUCUUGGACAGCAACGAAGACAGUGAGGAGGAUAAUAUCCCACUCGCUAAGAUCAGGCAUUGCUACCUGGAUGUCGACAGCCAAACGUCAGACUCGGAGGUUGAUUUUCCCAAGAUAAACGUUGAACAGACUCCAGCCAGUAAUGCCAAGGAAAGUCCAAGGAUUGUCAAAGAAAAAGAGGAGGUUAAGUGUGAGGACAUCAAGAGAGAACAUUUAACACGUGUGAAAACUAGGUCCGAAAAGAAAGAAUUAGGGAAAUCUCCUAAAUUCAGCCCCAAAACGAGCCCAAAGGCUGCCUUUGCUAGGAAAAUUCUAAAGCGUGCUAGAAAAUCACCCCUAUCCAAAAAGUCUUCCCCAGCUAAAACUGUUCCUAGUACCAAAGUCGCAGCCAAAAUAUCCCCAGUGGCAACGAGGCUGCGUACGAGCAAAUAUCUUAGUUCCCUCAGUGCCAGUGUUCCGAGCAAAUUGAGUAGAAAGUCCAGGAAGGUAUUAAAAGUGGGACGGGAAAAGACUGAUGGUUCAAAAGUGAUUAAAAAGUCUGUAUUUGAGGAGAAGUUAGAGGAAGCUGUGAAAGAAGACAUCCUAGAUGACAUCUUUUCUGGAGAAUUUGGAGACUUGUGGGAGGACCUGUCCCCGAUAGCAGGUCUAUCUACCAGCUUACCUCUCCCGGAUAGCAAGAGCCUCCUGUCACCAAGUCCUGUCAGUUUCAUCGAAGAGGACAUCCAUGAGAAAGACAUCGGAUUCACCAACGAAGCGACAGUGCUUCCAAGUGAGAACCCACCUUCUGCCACCAAACGGGACACGGCAUUGCUUGCAGACUUGAAAAUCCCAAAUCUGAUAGAUGCCGAAGCAGCUGAAAAUGAAGAGAUUCUGAGCAGCAGCUUUGAGCUGGCUGAAACAAUACCAGAUCCAACUGAAGAGGCGAUGGAAUCUUCUCCAAAUGCCCCAUCAACUUCUUUCCAGGCAAUCCCGUUACCUGAUGUCUCAGAAAUUAACAUAGCUGCUAGCAAUGAGAAACCCCAGGACUCGGUAGCUGAAGGCACACCCCUCAACGAAUGCCCUUCAUUCUCGCCCAAGGUCGCAUUACCACAGUCACCGGUGAUCCCCAUGAAGUUCGCACCAUCGUGUCACAGCUCCCCUAAUGUCAGCGGUACAGCCAGGAUCAAGUUAGUUGAUCAGGGGUCGCCGUCUGGAUACAUCCCAGCCAUGUACUCUCCAUCAGGAUCUCCAAGCGGUGGAAUUUUGAAGCGGAAAGAUUCUGCGUCGCCCUCUCCAAGCAAUAAGUCUCGCCGAGUGAGCUUUGCUGAGCCCAUCUCCGAGCAUUCCCCAGUGAAGCAGUUUGCAGUCGAGCUCCUACCCCCAGAGCCCACGGAGGACAAACCCUCCAAGGUCCACAGAGUCACCACUCACCCGCCCUCCCCACUAGUCACGACCACGCCCUCCAAGGUGGUCAGCGUGCACUCCAAGUUCAUCACCACGCCGUCGCGUCGGUCAUCAAGCAGUGGGGGGUUAGGGGGUAGAAGCAGGGUCAGCCCCAGCGGGAGGAGGAUCAGUCCUGGUUCGGCUAGGAGGAAGGCCAGACAGCAGGGCUUUGUUACACCAUCAACAGGGAGAAAGCCCAAACCAAUCAGGCAGAGCUCUCAAAACUCGGAGGGGACCCUACUCACCCAAGGCACACAACAGAACAGUCUGGAUAACAGCAUAGACAGUGACUACGACAACCAAGAAAGUGUGUUCCCGGACCUCGCUGAGUGUGGCACCCCUGUGGAGAGAAUCCUACCUCAGCUUACAUCUUCAAUGUGGUCCAGAGGCCUCGGCCAGCUGGUGCGGGCCCGCAACAUCCUGACCGUGGGCCACUUGUGCUCACUGUCCCCGACGGAGAUCAGGUCCUUACCGAUCCGCUCGCCGAAGAUCAGCAACCUCAGGAAAGUCAUGACCAACUUCCAGAAGCAGCAGAUUGCCAAGAACGGUGGCACCCCGUCGUCAACAACGACCAAGAAAAAGGAAGAAGGAUUGGCGGUGGAUGGAGGGGUGGAAGGCAGAGGGGCGGAGACUAAGGCAACAGAGGGGAGGAAAGAGAUUGAGGAGGGGCCUGUGGAGAAACAAGAUCUCCAAGCACCAGCUACGCCAUCAGAACCAUCCACAAGUAAGGAAGCCACCACAAGUAAGGAAGAAAAGGCCCAAUCCAAGCAGGGCACGAAACGAAAGCAUGAUGAAGUGGAAAGUGGCAGCUCAAACGAGGAAGAAUCCUCCAAGCCCAAACAGGCUAAAAUAGUUGACAAACUGGAAGAUCUCGUCGGGGAGUUUGCGACAGAGAAACUGGCCGAGCUGCCCUCGGAGCGUCUCUUCCUGGCCCAUCAGCACGUCAACAGCAUGAUGGAAUCCAUCAUGGCUGCUUUAAAGGUCAAGGUCAAAUCCCCAAGCUUGAGUAGCUGAUCCGGGUCAGGAUAAAACUAAUUGCAAUCCGAGUUACAUCUGUAUUAAUCCAUGUUAAACAUAUUAAUCCAUGCUUAAUUUAUCUUAUCCUGACCCAUCAGCAUAUCAACAGCAUGAUGAAAUCAUCAUGGCUGCCUUAAAAAGGUCAAGGGUCGGGUCUAAUACUAAUUGCAACCCUAGUUAAUCUAUAACAUAACUUAAACAUUACCAUGCUUAAAACGAAGUUAAGCUUGAGAAGCUGAUCUAGUUAGGAUAAAAUUAAUCACAAUCUAAGUUAAGUCUAUCUUAAUCCAUGUUAAAAGACUUCCCUUUCCAUGUUAAAGGACUUGCUUUUCCAUGUUAAACAUACUCUAAUCCAUGUUAAACCUCUUAAAACAGGAUAGUCCUGAACUAAUUCAGGUUGAAAGCAGCUGUAGUUAUGGUUAAACCUGUGGGUUUUUGUUCAAAUCGUGGUACUUUGUAAAUAGUUAAACCUUAAUAAAGUUAUGACAAGUAUUCAAAAUGUCGGUACAGAAGUUCACGCAACUUUUUUAUGAUUGACUUUAAAAUCAA